AUGAAUCAGCAAUAAUAAGUAAGUGGGGGCUUUGGUAACUCCUUUUAAUCUGAGGAUACCAUUGUAAGUGAUUCUUUCGACUUUGAUGACUACUUGAUGGAGAGUUCAAUGUUUAACUAUGAUUAACUAAAAGGGAUGCCUAAUUAUAGAGUUAAAAAAUACUCAGAUGCUAUUUACAGGGGUUAAUAUUUUGAUGGCAAAAGACAUGGAUAGGGAAUCAUGAUUUAUCAUAAUAAUCGUGUAUUUGAAGGAGACUGGAUAAACGACCUAAGAAAUGGUAAAGGUUACGAGAGAUACUAGAAUGGGAAUACAUAUGAAGGGGAUUUUGUUAAUGGAAAAGCUCAUGGCAAAGGAGUCUAUACCUGGCAGAAUGGGGAAAUAUAUGACGGGGAAUGGCGUAAUGGAGUCAAAGAAGGCUAUGGAAUUUGGAAAGGAACUUGUGGCGAUUCGUACAUUGGAGAAUGGAAGAAAAGCAAGGCAGAUGGAUAUGGAGUUCAUUAAUGGAAGAACGGCGAUAGAUAUGAAGGUGAAUGGCAUAACUGCUUGAAGCAUGGAUAAGGAACUGAUAUUUUUAUAAAUGGAGAUUAAUACUCAGGAUAAUACAAGGAGGGUAAACCAGAUGGUCUGGGAUAAUACAUAUGGAGUAACGGUAGUAUUUAUAUUGGAUAAUUCAAAUAAGGCUUAAAGCAUGGUAAAGGACGCUGGAGAAAGCUUCAAAAUGCCAAGAGCUGUAACCAUUAUGAUGGUGAAUAUUAAAUCGAUCGUAAAAAUGGAUUUGGAAUAUUCACUUGGGAAAGUGGUAAUUAUUAUAAAGGUAACUAUCUAAAUGACGAGAGGCAUGGUAAUGGAGAAAUGUUUUGGAUUGAUGGUUCUCACUAUUAAGGAAAAUGGAAAUAAGGGAUAUAGGAUGGAUAUGGGAUAAUGAUAUUUCCAGACGGAUCUUCAAAAGAGGGAAUGUUUAGAGACAAUGUAUAUGUGGGUUCCUGA